CUUCAUAGUGCCAUUGAAGUGAGUCAUCUCUAGGAAGUGUGGUAAAAAGGAAAAGAAAAAAAAAGUUCGAAGUGUUCCGUGAGCAGCAAAGAGAGCUCAGAGGAGUGUAGCUGGCAAGGCGACGGAAAAUAUUGAGAAGAGUAGAGAGGCAAUAGGCUUUAAAGCGAAUGUUAACCUGUGUGAGUCACUCUAACUACAUGUUUGAUUGUCGCUGCUGGAUCUGACUGCUGAAGGUGUGCUGCUGACUUUAAGCUGAAGUUUGCGCACCUGAGAGGAUCUUUUGCAGCGUAGUGUAGGUCUACCUGCGGCUCCAGGAAAAAAACAACAAGAAAUAGACUCUACAAGCAGGGAUAAUACACAAGAAAAAAACGAUUUGUAUUAUCAGUAAAAUGUUUUAGGUCAGUUUACAGGAGCAAAAUUGCACUUUUGUUUUUUUUCUCCUGCUUUGGAAAUUAACGACUUCUCGAAUCAGAGGAUUUUUUUUUUCCUGUUGGUGCCUUUUUUGCAUCGGGGAUUUAAAAAAAGGCUCUCAGAGCUCAAACAGUGCACUGAAAUCUUCCUCUUUCCUGGAUCAUGUACCAGGACUACUCCGGGAACUACGACACCUCGUCCCGCGGCAGCAGCACCUCUCCGGCCCAGCCAGAGUCCUUCACAAGCGGCAGCAGCACGAUCGGAAGUCCGAUCUCUACCUCAAGCUACCAGAAGUACAGGGUUGACAUGCCCGGCUCCAACAGUGCCUUUAUUCCCACAAUCAAUGCAAUCACGACAAGCCAAGACCUGCAGUGGAUGGUGCAGCCCACUGUCAUCACCUCUAUGUCCAACCCUUACUCCCGCUCCCACCCAUAUGGCCAUCACCUGACCAAUGGUCCCAGUCUGCUUGCGCACAACCCACUGGCUCGGCCUGGGGUCAUCCGCUCUAUCGGGGACACCAGGAGAGGACGCAAGAGGGAUGAACAGCUGACCCCAGAGGAAGAGGAGAAGAGGAGGGUGAGGCGUGAGAGGAAUAAGUUAGCAGCGGCAAAGUGCCGUAACCGUCGGCGGGAGCUCACCGAGAUGCUGCAAGGGGAAACCGAGAAGCUGGAGGAGGAAAAGGCAGACCUGCAGAAAGAGAUCGAGACCCUGCAGAAGGAGAAAGACAAGCUGGAGUUCAUGCUUGUUGCCCACAAUCCCGUGUGCAAGCUGCCCAUCGACGAGCGCCACCAGCCAUCCGGGCAGCAGUGUAAUCCGCUCCCACUCACCAUGCGCACCAACAUGGGCACACGGGCUCAGAUGAAUCAAGUGGUGGUGAAGCAGGAGCCCGAGGACAGGGACGAAAAUAUGGGCAAGCUUCAGCGCUCAAUCAUCAAGCCCAUUUGUCUGGGAAGCAGCAGCAUCGGUGGCGGGAUGUACAGCCCAGAUGGAGACAGCCUGAACACUCCAGUGGUGGCAGCAUCUACUCCGGCUGCCACACCAAAUGCUCCAAACCUCAUAUUCACCUACCCCAACAUGGUAGAGCCCGAAAGCCCCUCGCCCUCUUCUGAAUCCUGCUCCAAGGCCCACCGGCGCAGCAGCAGCAGCGGCGACCAGUCCUCAGACUCCCUCAACUCACCGACCCUCCUGGCCCUCUGAGCGAGGGCUCGUCUCGGCGCGGCUGAGAAACAAACACUGUGGCUGAAAGCAAACACAAGGAUCGACUGCGCGCCCUCGUCCCCACCCUCCCUCCGGUGUCUUUAAAGACGCAAGAGCACACUGAAAAGUCCAGACCAAGCUGACCAUGUGAGCCGUUUCCCCCCUUUAGAGGGAGACCCACAAGGGCUACGCUGCGUGUUUCUUCUCGUUCUGCUUCAGUGUAAAAAAAAAUUUUUUUUAUUCGUCAAAGUGUGUGCACCGACUCUGAAAAGCAUCAUCCCUUCACCAUUUCAACUCCAGAGUGUCAACGUUUACUGGGCAGACAAUUCUGAAGAAAGACAUGCCUGCAUUUGGCAGCCGUUGGUUGAUGUGAUUACAGCAAGAGAGCGCGUUCUUAAUAUAUAUAUUUUUGAAAAUGUUCAAAAAGCCAUGUGUCCGACACUUGCACUCUGCCAAGACGAAUCAAUAAAUAAAUCACUAAACGAGGUCAGCUUUCUACUGGAAGGGGAGAAAGAGACAAUGAGCAAAGACUUCCUCUCAUCUCUUUUCCCACUUCGAUUUGUCCUUUCAGAACUCGAUUCAGGAAAAGAGUGUGUGCACAUUCCUGAUGUUCUUUCCAUCUCUUUAAUUGUAUUUAUGGCCUGUGCUGAUUAAAUUUUACAGUGUUUUGUUAAGACAUUGUCCUCUCCUUUAAUCUGCCUGUAGAAAAGCAAAGCGGUCGUCCGCAGGGUGACCCGAGCACUCCUCAGUGUUGCAAAGGAUACGAGCCAACUCUCAAUCAACGACUAGUUCCUACUCUCUACUUUCUAUUUUGCCAUAGUGGCUUGACUUUACAGUAGUAUUGGUGUGCUUUUCCUCAGUGAUUCUGUACCUGAACUUUACAACCUGUUUUUGACAAAGUGUAUGUGAUUUACAUUGAUGUCAGGGAUAUCUCUCAUGUGUAGUAGAACCCAGUUGUGAAGAGCGUUGCAGGACUGCUGGCUGCUGAUUGGUCUAGCCAAAGUGUUGCAGAGGUGGUACUUUACUAAACUCCGUCGCUUCAAGAGAGGUUCGUCUUUUCGGUCGAAGAGUUUGAACGAAACCCUCCUCGGCUUCUUUGUGCCGUUCAUCCUCUAAACAAAGCGCUUACCUUUUUCCAACUCUGGUCAGGUUUCAGAAAAGCCGGGGGGGAAAAAAAAAGAUUUUUAUGACACGUGUAAUCCUGUAAUUCGUCCGUCUUUGUCUGAAAAGGAGGGAUUUUGCUUAAAUUUGAAAAAGCCACUGUGGUCUAGACUGUCGCCAGCUGCCAAUGAUGUCAACCCUGUUUAUACUGUGUUUGUAAAUCUGUCACUUUUAGUAAAGAAAUGAUGUUUAAAUUCAA